AGUUACGAAUUGUACAACAAUAGCAUAGACUCAUUCGAGAGAAAAACAGUGCAAACAACAGCUGAGUGACGAAUAAAUGACGAACGGAGUGAACGAGAGAGAAAAUUAACAAACAACUUAAAGGCAACCAAAUAGAGAAACAGAGCAGCAGAGGAGAUUGUUAGCUGUACAUAACAACAUAACAUACAAGUUUAAGAACGACGAACAAAGUAUUAAGUUGAAGAGAAAAAAUUCAACCAAACACAUUUUGUGUAGCAGAGAGAAAACUAAUCGCAAAUAAAAACGGAAACACAACGUUAAAUUGUUAAUUUCGUAACCAUUUGCGAAUAUUACAAAGAGAAAAUAAUUGAAUAUAUACUUUUUUUUGGGAGAGAGCAACAGCCUAAACAAAGAGAACUAAAAAUCGAUAAAGUGUGCAUCGCAUAAUAAAGCGAAUUCAAAACAAAAUAUUUUGAAUAUUAUUAUUUUCUUUUCGAUAACGUAAACAAGCGAACAAGUGAAGAUGAAGUUUCAAUACAAAGAAGAGUGUCCAUUCGAAAAGCGACGAGCUGAAGGCGAUAAAAUCAGACGAAAAUAUCCAGAUCGUGUCCCAGUGAUCGUUGAAAAGGCGCCCAAGGCACGGAUCGGUGAUUUGGAUAAGAAAAAGUAUUUGGUACCAUCGGAUCUAACUGUAGGGCAAUUCUAUUUCUUAAUUCGUAAGCGAAUUUACUUACGUCCAGAAGAUGCUCUUUUCUUCUUUGUCAACAAUGUGAUUCCACCAACAUCCGCCACCAUGGGCUCCCUAUACCAGGAGCACCAUGAAGAAGAUUACUUCUUGUACAUUGCAUAUUCGGAUGAGAAUGUCUACGGCAAAUCAACGAAAUAGGUCAAUCUGGUGAGAUAGACGAUUGUUGAAACCACGAAAAAAAAAUGAAAAAAACAAACAAAAAGAGUGAAUUGUGAUUGAUCGAACCGCAUAUUCUCUGACUAAACAACUGCUUUUAUGGAAAUAGCAAACAACAACAACAAAAAUCACAGUUUGAAAAAGGAGCAAAACAAAUGAUUAUCUAUCUUGUAUUCUAUUUAUAUUUAUAUAUUUGUGCGGCUAAUAAUAUUCUCAUUAUUAUUUUUUGGAUUAGAACCCCAAUUUCAAACAUUUUUUUUCUUCAAAGUUUUAAGUUUUGACAUCGCAAACGAACAUCGUUUAGGACUUUCAACCAAAUAGAGCAAACUAUCGAGGUUUGAUAUUUAUUUGUUGAUUAGGAUCAGGAAAUUAGCCGCAGUAAGAAUAAGAAACAAAAAAAACUACACUGAAUAUUUGAUAAAAAUAAAUGAAAAUCUACCGAAUUUGAAAACAAGAACCAUUCGAAUCUGACACACUUUUUUCUACAAUGAAAAACCCAAGAGCGCGAGAAAAUUUGGUACAAAAAAAAAAAA